GCGUCAGCCACUAGUAACUCAGCCAACAGGGCCACAUUCUCUCGCUCAAGUUCAACAAGAAGCCAGGCGAGUCGGAAAAGAAAACGAACAGUAGAUAAACCAUCAAAAGUUAUUUAUAAAGAUCUGGUAUUCAUACCAGAUCCAGAGGAGGAGCAAGUUCCCACACACACGGCUCGAGUCACGCUUGAAACAGACGGGAAAGUUAUUCAUGGAUUCCCUGUAGACAUGGAGUGGGAUGCAAGGUCGCUACGGGGGAAAAUAUGCGAUCAGAUUCCCGAACUUCUUUUUUCUGAGUUUGAAUAUGUAAAG